AUGUGGCCACGGUGUCAUUGUACACAAAGUUGCCACGGUGUCAUUGUACACAAAAGGUUGCCACGGUGUCAUUGUACACAAAAUGUUGCCACGGUGUCAUUGUACACAAAUGUGGCCACGGUGUCAUUGUACACAAAAAUGUUGCCACGGUGUCAUUGUACACAAAAUUUUGCCACGGUGUCAUUGUACACAAAAUGUGGCCACGGUGUCAUUGUACACAAAUGUGGGCCACGGUGUCAUUGUACACAAAAUGUGGCCACGGUGUCAUUGUACACAAAAUGUGGCCAUGGUGUCAUUGUACACAAAAUGGGGCCACGGUGUCAUUGUAUACAAAAUGUGGCCACGGUGUCAUUGUACACAAAAUGUGGCCACGGUGUCAUUGUACAGAAAAUGUGGCCACGGUGUCAUUGUUACCAAAAUGUUGCCACGGUGUCAUUGUACACAAAAUGUGGCCACGGUGUCAUUGUACACAAAAUGUGGCCACGGUGUCAUUGUACACAAAAUGUUGCCACGGUGUCAUUGUACACAAAAUGUGGCCACGGUGUCAUUGUACACAAAAUGUUGCCACGGUGUCAUUGUACACAAAAUGUGGCCACGGUGUCAUUGUACACAAAAUGUUGCCACGGUGUCAUUGUACACAAAAUGUGGCCACGGUGUCAUUGUACACAAAAUGUGGCCACGGUGUCAUUGUACACAAAAUGUGGCCACGGUGUCAUUGUACACAAAAUGUGGCCACGGUGUCAUUGUACACAAAAUGUGGCCACGGUGUCAUUGUACACAAAAUGUGGCCACGGUGUCAUUGUACACAAAAUGUUGCCACGGUGUCAUUGUUCACAAAAUGUGGCCACGGUGUCAUUGUACACAAAAUGUGGCCACGGUGUCAUUGUACACAAAAUGUGGCCACGGUGUCAUUGCACACAAAAUGUAGCCACGGUGUCAUUGUACACAAAAUGUGGCCACGGUGUCAUUGUAUACAAAAUGUGGCCACGGUGUCAUUGUACACAAAAUGUGGCCACGGUGUCAUUGUACACAAAAUGUGGCCACGGUGUCAUUGUUACCAAAAUGUUGCCACGGUGUCAUUGUACACAAAAUGUUGCCACGGUGUCAUUGUACACAAAAUGUGGCCACGGUGUCAUUGUACACAAAAUGUUGCCACGGUGUCAUUGUACACAAAAUGUGGCCACGGUGUCAUUGUACACAAAAUGUUGCCACGGUGUCAUUGUACACAAAAUGUUGCCACGGUGUCAUUGUACACAAAAUGUGGCCACGGUGUCAUUGUACACAAAAUGUGGCCACGGUGUCAUUGUACACAAAAUGUGGCCACGGUGUCAUUGUACACAAAAUGUUGCCAUGGUGUCAUUGUACACAAAAUGUGGCCACGGUGUCAUUGUACACAAAAUGUGGCCACGGUGUCAUUGUACACAAAAUGUGGCCACGGUGUCAUUGUACACAAAAUGUGGCCACGGUGUCAUUGUUACCAAAAUGUUGCCACGGUGUCAUUGUACACAAAAUGUGGCCACGGUGUCAUUGUACACAAAAUGUGGCCACGGUGUCAUUGUACACAAAAUGUUGCCACGGUGUCAUUGUACACAAAUGUGGCCACGGUGUCAUUGUACACAAAAUGUUGCCACGGUGUCAUUGUACACAAAAUGUGGCCACGGUGUCAUUGUACACAAAUGUGGCCACGGUGUCAUUGUACACAAAAUGUGGCCACGGUGUCAUUGUACACAAAAUGUUGCCAUGGUGUCAUUGUACACAAAAUGUGGCCACGGUGUCAUUGUACACAAAAUGUUGCCACGGUGUCAUUGUACACAAAAUGUUGCCACGGUGUCAUUGUACACAAAAUGUGGCCACGGUGUCAUUGUACACAAAAUGUGGCCACGGUGUCAUUGUACACAAAAUGUGGCCACGGUGUCAUUGUACACAAAAUGUUGCCACGGUGUCAUUGUACACAAAAUGUGUACAAAAGGAAUUACUGGGAAAGUAGUGAUAGGAAUCAUUAAUUUGCUAACGACCAUUAAGAUGAAUAGUUAA